CGUACCUAAAUACACUAUUAAAUAUGUCGUCCUUACUUCAGCCACUAUCCGUCUUUGUGAAUUUAUUUCUUUUCCUUACUAUAGUUUCUCAAAUUCUAGGAUGCAUACCGACAUAUCUUCAUUCUCAGAGCAAAUUCUGCCAUUCAGAUUUCGUAUUUGAGGCACGUGUUAUAAAGUGGACAAAUACAGAUUCUGAAAACGCGACAUAUGAAGAGCGCUUGGAAAAUAUGGAGAACAGAACAUACAAAGUUGAUAUACUACAUACUUAUAAGAAUGGAUCAAGUCUCCUCAAGAACUUCAGUGGAUCCAUAAGAUGUUUUGGUGUUUGUGAACACUUUAAUCAGAGUAUGGAACCCAGUAAAAAGUACCUAAUAUAUGCAAACAAAGAUAACUCAACGGAUGUUCCUGUACUAUAUGAAUACACAGAGCCCUUAUCAGAAGAUGUUCGGCACAUUACACAUUUUUAUGAUUGCAGCUGUCAGAUACGUGAACCUUUAACUGUGGACUCGACUAACAUGACAUCAAUUUCAUUUAAUAGUUCCAAGGAGUGUAUGCCUUUAUAUAAGCCAUGUUUAAUAUACAGAGGAUAUUGUGGUCGUGAUCAAAAUGGCAGCUGUAGUUGGAAUACAUUUGGAACUUGUGAUAUGCAGUCAAAUGAUAGCGAUAUCAACAGUGGUGCAAUCAAUGAUUAUGGUUCCUAUAUGGUCGUUUUGUAUCUAUCAUUCUUUAAAUAUUUCAUUUUAUUAAUUUGAAGGAGGAAAAUGUGAAAUUGACAUAAAUGUAUGUACAAUUUGAGAUAUUUUCAACAUUUAAAUUAUAGUUGUGUAUGAUCCAAACAGUAACAAAAAUAAUUAUGCUAAUUAGUGAGACAGUAAUUACAUUCGAAAAUAUUCGUUAUGCACUUUUUUCAAUUCCCUUUAAAUUAAAUGAAAAAAGUUAUUUUAUAUAUAUGAAAUUUAGAAUGGAAAAUUGGUAAUACGUCCAGGAGACAAUCAUACAAAAGAGCAGAUAACAACCUCUAAUGGGUCUUCAAUGCCGCGAGAAAAUGCCGCACCCGGAGGUUAAACACAUGUCUAGCUUUUGUAUGCUUGAACGUGUGCAGCAUACAAAUGAUUGAUGAAGACAAAAUUUAGCCAUUUCAACAUUUUCUAGAUAUUAUAGAGGUCAUCGCACUAAUGAGCUGAACUACGUCCGACCUCUCUAUCCAAUUAGUAAACCACAAAUUAGAUAAUAGUAAUUAAGAGUACCAGGCUUAUAAGAUAAAAUGGCAAUGAAAAGGCUACACAUUUAUAACUUCUUUAUUUGUACAAAACAUUAUCCACCUACACAAAUAUUAUGUUUUAUUAAAUUAGAGGCAAUAGUAGGUAUCCGAUGUUCAAAGCUUAUAAAUUCUUUAAGAUUAAAAUAAAUUCAAGACAAAAUUAUAAAACAUAAGGGAACCGCUGAAAUCCCAGAGGAGCCAGUGUUUAGUUCAUUUUUGUUUAUUUCGUCUUUUGUAAAUGAAAUACGAAUCGUGUGAUAAAGUCAUUAUCCUAGUAUCCAUUAUGAGAGAGGUUUCUUUUUUAAUGCAUGCAUUUGGAUUAUAUUUAAUCUAUUAAAUUAAUUUUUAAUCGAAAAAGAUCAUUAUCCAACAAUGAAAUUUUCAUUGUUUUUCGAAAAGUGUAUACACGAUUGUUAACAUGAAAACAUGAGUAAAUGUAAUUAUGCAUAUUUGAUUCUUAAAAAGGACUUGAGCUAAAUCUAU